AACUCAUUGAACAAUUGGUCCAAGACCACUUGGGAACAACUCGGAUGUGUCCAUCAACGAGGCGCCUUAGCGAGGCUUGGGAAGCUCGCAGUAUGACGUUGCCCCUAGUCUAUAUGACUUCGGAGGACUUCAGCUAGAGAAAUCGACUUGUUCGGACAAAACACGAGAGAUAUAAUACCUAGAGAUUUCGGACUUCCGUGAUUCAUAUUCGAAAGGUCAUCCACCGUCUGCUCUCAACGACAACAUCUACCAAGCUCAAAGAUUGCUUCGACACUUCUCUCAGCUCCCCCAAACACUCAUCCGAGAUUGAUUCGAACCAAACAGUCAACAUGAAGGAAAUCGAUAACUACUAUGAUCCUUACAGGCCGAACGAGAAAGCAGCUGCCGUGGCCGCAGGUAUCUUCGCCAUUCUCACCAUUGGCCACAUAGUCAUGCUCAUCAGGACGCGAACGUGGUUUUGCAUCGCUUUCAUCAUUGGCGCUAUAUUUGAAAUAGUCGGUUACGUUGCACGUGGAUUAGGACGCGACCGCGGAGAUUCCCUAGGUCUCUAUGUCAUUCAAACGUUGGCCAUUCUCCUUGCCCCGAUUCUCUUCGCCGCUUCCGUCUACAUGUUCCUCGGUCGAAUCAUUCGAGCUACAGGAUGCGCUUCGUAUAGCAUGAUCCGCACGACUUGGCUGACGAAGAUCUUCGUGGGAGGCGAUAUUGUUUGUUUCCUGAUUCAAGGUCUCGGCGGAAGCAUUUUGGCGACAGCGAAGACGAAGGAUAAGUUGGAUCUCGGAAAGUACACCAUUCUCGCUGGGUUGAUCCUUCAAAUUGUCAUCUUCGGAUUAUUCAUGAUUGCGGCGGUCAUCUUCCAUGUUCGAGUGAAUAAGAAAGGACUGGGCAAGAUGGCGAAUUCAUGGAACUGGCAAGGGUUUUUAAUAGCGCUGUACGUCGUCAGUGUUAUCAUCACGAUACGAAAUCUCUUCCGUACCAUUGAAUACGUCAUGGGCAAGGAUGGUUACCUACUCACACAUGAGUGGCCGAUCUACGCUUUCGACGGAGCUUUGAUGGCUAUUGUACUCGCCAUUACUGCCUUCUGGUAUGUCGGCGAUCUCAGCAGAUACGCACAGAUAGCGAAUGUCUCGUCCAGGGAAGGUGUGGAGUUGAUACCGGGAAGUCAGCAAAACACAGCAUACCCCGGACCCGAGUUCCAAGAUAACACAAGUUAUGGCCAGUCCCAUGGGCCUCCUGGGUACCGUAACUACCAUGCGGCAUGAGUUUAGAUAUUGGUCUUUUAAGUUCAGGUGUUAUGGUGCAUAUGGUAGAUAGGAGGACCGUUUAAACAUGUAUCCCAC